AUGAGUAAUGAUGAAAGAUUUGCUGAAAUGGCCUUGACCAUCCAACAACUCUCACAAACAGUAGCUAGAUUAGCCAUGAACCAACAAGAGGGAAUACCCAUACAUAACCAUGAAAGAACCACAGAAGACAAAACUCUUCGAUUGGAUAUUUCUGAAUUUGGGGGAACAACACACAACCCUGAAGACUACUUGGAAUGGGAGGCUAGACUGGAGAGGUACUUUGAGUUUAAAGGGACUUCUGAAGAGCAGCAAUACAAAUUGGCAAAAAUCAAACUAACCAAACUAGCAGCCAUAUGGCUUGAGGGGAUUCAAAAGCAAAGAAGGAGGGAAGAUAGGGAUAGAAUUCACACAUGGACCAAGCUUAAGAAACACCUAUGCAGGAAGUAUGUACCCUCCUCUUACAGGCAAAACCUCUUUGUACAAUGGAGUACCCUCAAGCAAGGGAGCAAAACAGUGGCUGACUAUAUACAGGAGUGGGAGAAAUUAUCCGUGCUCUAUGAUGUAAACGAACCAGAGGAAAUGAAGGUGGGUAAGUUCAUAGGAGGCUUGAGAGAGGAUUUGAGGGAGAAACUUGAAGUAAUGCAGCACUUGACUCUCAAUACAGCCUGUGACAGUGCCUUAACCUAUGAAAAAUAUGCUAAGAAGAGGGCUACCUAUGCACAGCAACAUGAACCCACUUUGCCUAGGACUAACAUAGCAGGUAACUCAACAAAUAGGGGAGUAAGUACCAGCAUAGUUAGCAAGGACUCAAGCACAGCAACACCUAUUAAACCCAAGGACAGGUCUAAUGCACAAAUGAAAGAUGUUGUGUGUUUCAAAUGCCAUGGUCAUGGGCACUAUAGGAAUGAAUGUCCCAAUGCGAGGGCUUUCACCAACAUAGAGUGGACUGAAAUCAACAGCAGGGAGAGGACACCUAGGGCCAUGUUAGUAGCUAAGGAUGGAGAGGAACAAGUGAUACUACCACCUACACCUGCUGAUGAACAAGAGGGUUCAUAUAUACUAACUAACCUAGGCACACUUCAAAGGACUCAACCUGGAGACACUGAGAGUAGUGAGUCAGAGGGAGAAAAAAUCGAGCAAAUAUACCCUGAGGAAGGUCAUUACCACCUGCUAAUACGAAGGAAUUUCCAUGCCACACCAAAAGAAAAAUCAAUGGACCAAAGGGAAAGUGUGUUCAGGACCAAAUGCAGAAUACAGGACCAUGUGUGCAGCCUUGUGAUUGAUGGAGGAAGCGAGGUUAAUUGUGUGAGCAGUCAGCUGGUGCAUGAUUUAAAAUUAAACACUAAAAGCCACCCAAAUCAAUAUAAGUUACGCUGGUUAGACCAAAGGGCUGAAGGUUUUGUGAAAAAACAGUGCUUAGUUAACCUUGCCAUAGGAUCUUACAGUGAUGAAGUGUUAUGUGAUGUAGUAGAUAUGAACGUAUGCCACAUAUUGCUGGGGAGACCCUGGCAGCAUACCAAACAUUCCAUACAUAAUGGAUUUACCAACGUCUACACUAUCCAACAUAAUGGAAAAAUGAAAGAACUUAUACCCUUACCCCCAUGUAAGACACUUACUACCACCGCUACACAGAACAAAGCAAGCUGUAUUGUGGCUAGGGUAGGAUACUACAAUGAAACUCAACAUGGGAGAGAACCUGUGCACCUGGUCAGGAGGAAAAUUAAGGAGGAUAAAGCUCAACAGCAGUCUACAACCCUAGACCCAUUAGAAGAUAAAGCAUCUGAUCUAGGUGUUGUUCAACCUGUGACUGAUGAUGUGAAUAAACCACAGCAAAAAAGCUCACUGACAUGCUGUGAGGUAAGUGGGUUUUAUUUCAUCGAGGACACUAUUACUGACUUUUCUUAUUGCUGUAGGUACCAUAUGAAUGUUGAACACCAAGCUAAGGAAAUGAUACCCAUACAAAGAGUCAGCCAAAGGGAUCCCACCAACACAAGAGGAGACAGCAUACAAGGGACAAUGCAUGAAGGAACUCAGACUGCAUUACUGUUGCACCCCCUGAUCAACUAUAAAACUUCGAAGACUUUCAGCUUGAAGAACAUAAAGAGGCAUGAAGGCAACGCAGAAUUGAGGACAAUUCUGUUUAAAGAAGGAGGGAUUGAUGCAAUUAUGAAGAGCCCACAAUCCAAUAUCAAGCUAGGGCAUAAUUGCAUCACAACACUAACCAAGUACUUCAAAUCUUCAUGCACUAAACUUGCUGGUCCUUGCUUAUACAAGGGAAAUCAUCCUCAAUUUGGGCUAAGCAUGAACAUGGGAUCAAUACAAGGACAAAUAAGAACACAAGGAAGCAUCCCAAUAUACGUUAGACCAAACAGAAAGCUGGCCCAAUGCAAACAAGUGACAAAACAAACAGAACACCAACCUGGCGAACAGCUCACCUUGCGAGCAUUAAAGCAUCCAGCCUGGUGUGUGUGUGAGCAUGAAACUUCGAGGCAUGGCAUCUUUGGACAUGGAAGAAGAGUCCAAGACUCAAAGAACACACAGAGAGACCUCACAAAGCCCAGGGGAACAGCUGCAAGGUCCCCCACUCGCCAGUUUCUAGACAUGGGUUGA